AUGGAUCCGGACGAGUAUGAGGACCUUGAGCCUGAAACUAAGCGCAGGAGACUGCGGAAAGGAACGCGCAGCUGCUGGGAAUGCAAACGGAGAAAAGUUCGAUGCACCUUUGCAUCAGCAACAGAUGCAACGUGCAUUACCUGCCGCCGGCGUAGCGUAAAGUGCAUCAGUCAGGAGCUCCCUGAAGAGCCCACUCGGGAAGAGGACAGCGUCGGCCGCAUUGUGCGCAGCGACGGCGCACGUAUACACCACUCAACGCCAGCAUUUCGCACGCCAAACUCUCAGACGCCCAUAUCAGCCAGGGCUGCCCCUUCUGAUGCGGGUAAAUAUGAAAAGAUCUCGCAUCUUCUCCUUGCAGCUUUUCCCUCCCAAGAAGACAUGUAUAUCCUACUCAAGGCGGGCAACGGAUCCUCUAUGUUUUGCCACAACGUCAACGUCAAGUCGGGCAGCCAACUGGAUCGCGAAGCAAUCGAAGACGACGCCAAGCUAGCGGAAAUCCCUAUUCCUAGUACUCAUCCAGUUCUGUUGGCCAGACAAAUGCUCCUAAUUUCAUCAUUAUUGCUGCAUUUUGCCCCCAAUGAACAUAUACACGGCCUAUCUGAACAUCAUCGCAUCGUCAUGGAAAGACUUUCAGAUACAGCUAUCAACCAGGUGACCACAAACGAAGCGCUAUUAGGGACUAUGGAGAGCCUAGAGUGCAUUCUACUGGAGGGGUUCUUCCACUUGAAUUGUGGGAACAUCCGACGAGCCUGGCUCGCACUCAGAAGAGCCAUGGGAGCGGCGCAGUUGAUGGGCAUCGAUCGCCCAUUCAAUUCUCCGGUGAAGGUUCUUGAUCCUAGCACCAAUAUCGACCCACGAUUCAUGUGGUUUCGGAUCGUCUACAUGGACCGCUUUCUCUCUUUGAUGCUCGGUCUUCCUCAAGGCAACUCUGAUGUGAGCAUGGGGUCUGACACAGCACUAGCGAACAGCGCGCCUAGUGAACGUCUAGAACGUUUCCAUGCCGUGAUCUCGGCGAGGGUGCUCGAACGCAACCAGCUCGGGCUGACGCAGCGCGCUAUAGCCAUGACGAAAGAAAUUGACACGGAGCUGCUCAAUACGGCCGAGUGUCUGCCGGCCAAAUUCUGGGGGCCGCCGAAUUUUGCUGGAUUAGAAAAGGACUCGCAGGAGGCCUUCUCGGAGAGUAUGCGCGUUAAGGACCAGAUGUUUCACUAUACCUUGCUCAACCAGCUGCAUCUGCCGUUUUUGCUGUGUCCCAGCGAUGACCGCAAGAACGACUAUUCCAAGAUUACCUGCGUAAAUGCCAGCCGUGAGAUCCUCACACGAUUUGUUGACUUCCGCACAUUCAACCGUAUCACAGCCUGCUGCCGGCUGGCCGAUUUUCUCGCUUUGGUGGCAGGCAUGACUCUGAUUCUCGCGCACCUCGUCAGCCGGCGCUUCAAAGAGACGGACAAUCUGUUGGCGCAUCAGCGGCUUGGGGAUCGUGCCACUGUGGAGCAGGCGCUGGAGAAUAUGGAAGUAAAUUCCAAGUUCAACGAAGACAUGCUGGGCGUCAGGUGCGCAGAUUUGCUGCAACACAUGCUGAAGAUCGAGGCAGACGCGGCCCAAGGACAGAGAUACAGUACGCAGAAGGUCCAAUGGGCUGAGAGCUACCAUGAGGACGAGCGCAACGUGCUGAUUAUCAAUGUCCCCUACUUCGGCACUAUCAGAAUCGCCCGCGAGGGUAUCAGGUCUAUCGAAACGCUCAGGAUGUCCCCUCAUUCGCAGGACCUUGGAGGGCCCAUUACGAUAGGCGGCAUUGGGUCCGUCCACGUUCCCAAUCACAUAUCAACGAAUGAUUUCGGCCAACCAUCCGCCAAUGUUUCAGCAAGUCUUGUUGAUGAUACUGAACUCGACAACGUUUCGCCCCCGUCCCACCAGCGACCGGAACAACGGCGGACUGGGGAACUACAGGCUGUCUCGGACGCUGUACAGCUUCCCGGUGCCGUUAUCGGAGACGAAUUCAUGCAGCAGCAAGAUCUAUACCCUGGUGUAGCUGCAGGCAUGAAUGAUUGGGUCUUCCAGGGCGUUGACACCGCCUUCUUUGACAGCUUGAUGAAGGGGACAAGUGGCCAGAUUGGUGAUGGAGGCGGGGAUGCCGACUGGGGCCCAACUUGGCAGGGCGAUCUAAGUGGAUCCUAA